GUUGUCUCAUAUAUGAAGUGAUUGUAAGAUGUGUCACGUACUGCAAGAGGUCAGCCAAGUAACCAUUAGCCAGGAAUAAGAGAAAGACUAAAUUACAUCUGUCUUCACAGCUGGAGAUACUGUCAGGACGUACACUGAAGACUUUUUAAGGGUCUUUUUGAAAGAUACAGCACAUCAGUACUGAUGGAUGUAUCUGCAUAUCUGUGGAUUUGCUUUCAUCUCUUUAUUGCCAUUCAAGCGAGUGAUGAGCUCCGGCCUUUUAGUGUUUCUGUGCCCAAACACUUCUACGAGUGUCCUGAGGGGGCCAACGUCACUCUGACGUGUAUCCAGACCGUAUUCAAGGUUAACCCAGAGGAGAAGAUUCGUCACAUCUGGCUCUUUACGUCUCACACAGAGAGACACUGUCAAAAGGGCUUACAUCCGCGUGGGGCCGAACACACCAACCGCUUGCUGGGUGUACAGUACAGCGAACAGUUCUUCUCCAUCAACCUGCAAAACAUCAAAGCCAAGGACCAGGGCAAAUACUGCUGCCUUGCUCUGAAUGUUGAGGUCAAGAAGCAAGUCCAGCAUAACUACAUUUUCCUGACUGUGAUGCCAGCUCACAACGGCAGUCUGAAGUGUAAUGAGUGGAACCACAGUCCUUCAGAUGCUACAAAUGAUUCAGUGGCUAUAGGUCUGGCUAUCGCGGCCUUCCUCGCUUUUAUUCUUUGUCUCCCCCUCAUACUGAUUCUGGUUUACAAACAGAGACAAACAGCAGAGCACAGCAGACGUGCACAUGAGCUGGUGCGUAUGGACAGUGCACAGGGGCAUGAGAACGCAGUGUUUUGCUGUGAUUCACCAGAGCCUAAACCACGGACUGUAUCUCAAAUCAUGCGUCAGUCUUCUGAAACGGGACACCACCUCUUAUCAGACCCCGGAACUCCAUUCUCACCUAACAUACAAGGGAACGUCUUCUUCUCUAUGCCGGAAUUGGUUCCUGAGUCUCCAAACCUUCUUCAGUAGUAAGAGACAUUCCCUCCCAAGAACCCCUGGUGCUUAAUCCUCCACCACAUCAUCAUGCCUCUAUUCUUCCUGUCUACUGCAAGGAUGAUGAAGAGUGACCCCCAAAACCAGGAGAACUCGACACACCGCUACAUCACUGCAGAUGUUUUCUGGUAUCAUGUUUCCUGCCCAGCGAUCAGAAGGAACAUCUGAAUAUUCCACAACUUCCGAGGAAUAUCAGGGCAUUUCACGAAAGCAUUUCGAAGAGGAGGACCUGUUUAACGUGUGCUUUCCUCGCUGUUUGGGUCAACAGAAUGAUAGCUGUAGAUUUCUGUGAACAUUUUUAAAGUGUCACAUACAGAUUGUGUCUCUACGUGCACUUAAAUGGCUGUUUCUUCCUCUUCUCGUUUCUCUGAUCAGUAUUUCUACCAUCCUCACGUCAUUUUCCUCGCUGAAAUAUUCCUCCUCUGUUUUAGAGGUCAGAGAUGGAUUAAUAAUGAAAAUAAAUAUGUGUUUACCUGUUUACCACUGAAAUGGUGCUGGAGUCGAUGCUGUCUUGGGAAUCUCACUCCUAGUUUUGAGAACUUAUUUUAAUGCUUUGAACAGAAUUGAAUUCGGUGUCUUUACUCAAUGGAGACAGAUUGAGCACCAGCACCGCGUCAAUGGUAAAAAAAGAUCUAACACCAUCUCAACAUCAGAACCGCUUGGAGAUGAGCUGCUGUUUUUAAAGCCUCUCGUGGUGAGCGUGGAUCUGUUGUGGUGCUUUUAUCAGGUUUGUAGCUUACAGUGUAUCAGGCUGUGUGUGCAAUUUCUUGUCAUAUGUUUUAAUAGCGAUAGAAAAUGAAAAUUGUUUCCUUCAUGUCGUCCCAAACCUGUAUGACUUUCUUUCUUCUGCAGAACACAAAAGAAGAUAUUUGGAAAAACAUUGGUAACCAAACAAACCCCAAUGACUUUCACUGUAUGGAAGCAAAACUCAGACAUUUCUCAAAAUAUCUUCUUUCGUAUUCCAUAGAGAAAAAGUGUCAGGUUUUGAAUGACAUGAGGAUAAAUAAAGGAUGACUGAUUUUUAUUUUGUGGUGAACUUUCCCUUUAAGGGCCAUAUUGAGGACACAAAAGAAGAGAUUUUGUAUGUUAUAUAUCGAUUUUUUCACUGCCAUCUGGUGCGUGUGUGUUCGUGCGUGUGUAUGUUUUACUAUUUAGCGGGACCUCAAUUGAAAUAAAAAAGCAAAGCGCUGGUCGACUUUCAAGAAGCUUCAGAAUCGAAAUUCACUGCCAUAGGGACUGCCAAAACUUUGCAUUGUAGAUGAAUGAAUGAAUCACCGAAUGGACGGAUGUGUUUUAGAUGAAUGUUUUCAAAUCUGCUUUGUACAUACACUCAUAACAAUGCAACUUUGGAAAUACCGUUGUUGUACCGUAUAUGUAGCUCAUGAUGACAUAUGUAGACAAUGCUGUGCAAUAUGAUACAACUGCUGAUACAAUCAGAGAUUGCUUCAAUGUCUUUUAAAAACUGCCAAUAAAUAUUAAGUUCUCGUGA